GCCUUCUUUGUCUCGGAGUGCCUCUCUCGCAGCCUUCACUUCUGCCAUAUCCUUUUUACAUACCAACUUCUUUCCUAUAGUAGUCUCAAGAUGAUUUCGCGAACUCUCAACCUGGCGCUGGCCGCCGCAGGUGCGGCGAGCGCAAUCCUGAUUCCUCCCAGCGUCUCAUCGGCUGAGCUGGACCUCGGGGACGACAUGGCCAUGGAGAUCGUGGCCACCUCGUAUCCCCGCAGCGUUUCGCUCGACUGCGCGACUUGCGAGUUCGCUUCCAAGGAGGCCGACGACCUUGUGUGGACGCAGCGCAACGGCAACUCGUUCCUGCUCGACUUCGAAGUAGGACCUCGCGAGGAUUCUCUCACCAUCGACGGCACCCAGCUGUACCCUCCCACCUUUGGCUACUUCACCCAGCCCUUCCGCGUAGCCCAGAUCAACCCUGACGGCGAGAACCUGACCCUCCGCGUCACCGGCUACACCUUCCACUACAACUCCGCCGAAACCGUCUCUGAGGCGGGCAUCGAACUCAUCCCCAUGACCUUCCAGAUCAACUCGAUCGAAGGAAAGGCUGUCGCUCCUCCCGCGCUUACCAUCAAUCUCCUCAAGGACCCGAACGGCAAGCUCAUGAUCGCCUCUUUCCAGACCGCGAAGCCCAACGAGAAGAGCCCCAUCGACGAAGAGAAGGAGUGCAAGGAGUGGCCGCUGUACUGCAAGUGGAAGGCCAUCAUGGCCGACAAGGUCAAUGGCAUCAAGUCGCACAUGGGUCGCCCAGGCUGCCACAAGAACAAGGGCAACCCGAUGGCCGGCGAGCUCUACGAGGGCAAGCCGCCGCACCGCUUCCGCCCCGGCCAUCCGCACCACCGCCCGCACCACAUGGCGGGCAGCCACGGCCAUCGUCACCACCGCGGCCACCGCAUGCACAUGAUGCUCCGUCGCGUCUUCCUCACUGUCUUCAUUCCCAUCUUGAUCGGCAUCUUCGCGGGUACGCUCACCUACCUCGUCGGCAUGGCGCUCGGCUGCCUCAUUGCCGUCGUGGUCGCCAAGGCCCGCGGCCAGCCAAUGUACGAGAGCGUUGCCCAAGAAGAAGAAGACUCUGAGAACGUGGAGGACCGCGGCGAAAAGGAGGUCUACACCGAGUCUGAACUUCCCCAGUACGAUGCUCCUCCAGUCUACGAGGAGGCCGUGGAGAAAGAAGUUGUCGAGGACAAGCAAUAGACUCGCAAAUGCAAGGCAUCGCAGCUGUAGGAUAUGAUGCAGUGCGAAAUGGUAGGAUGCGUUAUCCGAUUGAUUGCCAGCAACAAAGCGAUUCUGUCAUCACGGGCGCAUUACGGUCCUUUUGAUUUGUUUAGAUUUCCUUUCUCACGAAUCCCAUUUGUAUCAUAUUCGUAGCUGCUGCGCUUGUCGGCGUUGGUGAUAUACAAAAUGUUCCGUUACACCUGCGUGCUUUGUUAGCUGUGUUACAGUGUUCGUUCCCUUCACUAGUCGUCCAAUCAUCUAUGCCAUUCUCUCACCUACUUACAUUCAUCGCAGCCUUUGCGUAGUACAUCAG